CCGAGAGCAAACAACACACUUCGAUGUCUUGAUUUCGAACCCGUUCUUAAUACAGGCUUGGAAACUAUCAACUGACUAAUCAACACAAUAAAUGCUUCAAUCGCAGCACAUAGGUUUCUCUUUAUCAUCCCGAGUACGUUCAAAGCUCAAGUGAAAUCGCGAUCUUCCACAUGCUUCAUUCAUUUCCACGGGCUUUACCCUUUCUCAACCCCUCCAAAACCUUUGGUCGACUUAUACACACGAGAAAAAGGGUUGAUCCAACCAUGAUCAGCGAUCAAAUUUCUCUCGCCGACUUCUUCCGCUUCACCCGUGGGCGAUUCCUUUCAGAUGAGCCCCAUCACAUCUCGCAGACUACUGUGAAAUUUAAACUUGACGAGCUUGAACGACUGGCCGUUGACUCCGCCGCAACACAUAGCAAGGGGCCUCUAGAAUGCGUGAAAAUCGAGAAAUUACCGGAUGGAAUGCACAACAAAGCGAUUCGCUUCACAAUGAACAACGGAGUCCAAGUUGUGGGCAAGAUCCCGAAUCCAAACGCAGGGAAAGCACACUUCACAACAGCGUCAGAAGUUGCAACUAUGGAUUUUCUGCGAAACGUUCUUAAAAUACCUAUCCCACAUGUUCUGGCUUGGAGUUCCACGUCCAAAAAUGACGUCGGGGCCGAAUACAUCUUGAUGGAAAAUGUACCCGGUGUUCCAUUAAGUAAGUUAUGGGAUCAACUUGAAGUUGGUGCAAAGUUCAGGAUUGUCCAGAGCAUUGCGACUUAUCAAGAAAUGUGGUUAAAUAUCUCUUUCUCGCAUUAUGGAAGCCUAU